CCCCACUUUCAAUUAAACUAUAAUUUGAAAGUAAAAUGCACAGAAAUAAAGAGUGGGUUGGUUAGUUCCAACUUCGGUUUAAAGAAGAGAUCAAGUAGAACAGAAAAAUGAAAACCACUUUGAUUGUGUUUUCCGCCAUUGUGGCAACCGCCUGGGGCUACUCAGCCGGCGCCCCCGAAUCCGUCUGUGAUGAUAUGAUUCCUAAGCACCCCGUCUUGCCACAAAAAUCCCCUCUCCCUUAUACAGUUUCAGUCAGUAAGAAGGAAGCCAAACCGGGGGAAACUAUCGACAUUACUAUUGGAGGUAAACCGUUUAAAGGAUUUUUACUACAGGUCAGGAAUGGAGAACAUGCGGUCGGGUCGUUCCAAAUCCCUGACACCGAUAAAUUAGCUAAAAGUAUCAACUGUCAUGGCACUAAAGCUAGCGCUGCCACACAUAAAAAUGCUGUUGAGAAAAAUAACCUCGUCUUGAAAUGGAAGGCACCAGAAGGAUCCGGAAACUACCAAAUCUUUGUGACUGUGGCUGAGGAUGGAGGAACCUUCUGGGCACAUCAACCAAGCCAGAAAAUCAAAAUCAACUAAAUUAUAAUACAUUUUAUGUACUUUCUUAGUAUUGUGGUCUAGUACAGUAUUUAGAAUAACAACACAGAGCCUGUGACUGUACCAAUAAAACCUAUUAGAUGAAA